AUGGCCGAUAUCGCGUCCGAUGAUCUUUUGGCUAAGCUCAAAGGCUUGUACCCAUCAAACGAAGAGCUUACCGCCUCUAAGGAUGUACUGAAGAACCCGUGGUGGAUCCUCACUGCGACGGCGCUUACUACUGGCAACCAGCCCGAAGCCGUUCCCCGUGUAUUCUUCUACGUACUGGCGGACUUGGAGAAGGCCCAAGCGGCUCUGAAUGUCACCGGAGAGCAGGCGCAUGACGAGAAACUUUACUUCGCGCGCAAGUUCAGGGAUGCCAUUUUCAAGUGCGGUAUGGUUGCUGGCUACUCUAAGGCCAUCAACGCCCUCGUCUCAUUGAACAAAGUGAUUCCUGCACAUCUCAAGGACACGAAGCCCCUGAGGAACACAUCUGAGAGUAUUGAGAACCAUGACAAACACGGCAAGGAGUUCUUCAAAGCCUUGUAUGGCGACACGGCGGAGGGCGUGCAAGGACUUCUUGACGAGGCUAUGCCAGAUCUUGGUUGGUUCUGCAGCACGAUUGCGUAUGGUGCCAUCUACGGCUAUCUCGAGUAUAUCGACCAACUCGAGACAUCAUACAUGCUUGUGGGUACACUGGUUGCUGGUGACACCCCACUUCAGAUCACUUGGCAUCUCAACAACGCAAGGCGUGGAGGCGCUACGCUCGAACAAGCGCGUGCGGCGAGGGAAAUCGCGGUCGAAGCUUCCAAGGCGGCGGGCGUAGUAUGGAAGAACGCGAUUCCGGAGGUCAACUGA